CCCAAUUUUGGGGUAUUUCAAUAGUAGAACUCCACAUCAGCUAGAAUAACAGAAAAACAAGCAGAGAACGAGAAGAAAAGCCAGCGACAAUUUUGCCAAGUUAACCAAUCGAAAUGUCAGCGGCUGGAGUUGAUGACGAGCCAAGCGCUGCUGCCGAGGCACAGCAGCCACAGCUGCCGCCGUCAACAUCGGAAGCAACACCAACAAUAACAACGUCAGCGACGGCAGCCACAACGAUAGCGACGACGUCGACGGUGGCGACGGCGACGGCAACGGCAACGGCUACACCAGCAGUGGCCGAAAUCGCCGCAUCCAGCAUACGCUCCGGUUUGGCUGAACUGGAGCUGCGCUCCAGCCAGGUGCUGCAGCGCUUGGAGAAUGUUAAGGCCGUGCCCGGCUCGCCGAGCAAAGUGUUAACAGAGGCUGCUGACAAUCAUAGCUCUGGCGACAAUCAGUCGUUGCAGGAACAGCAGGAGCAGCGUGGCCCAGAAGCUGCCGCUGAUGUUGCGCUGUCCACGCAGCUGCGUCAGGAGCAUCGCGUGCCUUCGGACAUACUUAAAUCGCUGGAACAGCUGGUCGCCUACUCGGACAGCGAUGAUGAUCCGGAGUUUCCGUUGCCCGCGCUCGAUGAUGUCUCCCAUUUGGCGCUCAUCUCGCACAGCAUUGUCGCCUACCUGUCGCAUUUGGAUCGCCAGCAUCUGCUGCGUGUUACAAACAGCAUCUCCGGCGAUGCCACACGCUGGCUGGGCACCCUAUUCCAUUUUGGGAAUGCCGCCAGCAGUUUUCAUGCGGACAACGCCGAUGCCGUCCUGCGGACCGUUCGACUGGCCAUUGUGGCUCGCUGCCCGGGCUACUUAGAGGGCGGUAUACCAGCUCUGGCCCAGCCGUGCUUCUACAUUUCGGAGAAUACGACGCCGGUGCGCUUGCAGUACGCCUGCAGGCAGUUGGGCAUAUCGCUGGACGCCAUUAAAAUCAUACCGGAGCACAGCAAAUACGGCACCAUGGAUCUGACCCAGCUGCAGAAGCAGGUGCAGCUGGAUCUGGCUGCCAGCCGUACGCCGCUGUUGGUGGUCGCCGACAUUGGAGCCUCCCUCUGUGGCUACGUAGACAAUCUACAGAGGCUGCGUGACGUCUGCAAGGCGCACAACAUGUGGCUGCAUGCCAGUGGCCAUGGCUUGGCCGCUCUCGUUUGCGCCCAGAGUCCGGGCAAUGUGCACGAUGUCCUGCACUCCAUGGCGCUCAAUCUGGGCAGCUGGCUGGGCGUGCCCAGUUUACCUAUUGUGCUGCUCCAUCGACCGCUGCAGAAUAGCGCGCUGAGUGCCUUCGAAUCGGACCCAAUCCUCUCGAGACGGCUCAACGCUCUCUCGCUGUGGACCAGCCUGCAGGCGCUCGGCAGAAAGGCCAUCGCCGAGCGGCUGCACGUCGCAUUCCAGACAUGCAGUAUUCUCUUCGAAAUCGCCUCCAAGUGCGAGGGCAUCCGUGUGCUGAGUCACACGCCUGGCGCUCAGACGGGCGCCGCUCUGUCGGACAUUAUUAACAGCGCCUUCGAUGUGAACGCCCUGUUCGAUGCGGCUGCUCCUGUGGUCGUCUAUCAGUUCGAUGGAAGCACAACCAUUCCAAUUACAUCUGGUGCGGAGCCAACUGCCGAAACGGGCCUCAGGCCGCUGGAGAAAGUUAACAAUGCCUCGUACUUUGAUCGCCUGAACUCUUGGCUGGGUCAGAUACUGCAGCGCGACUGUCCCAAUUUUGAUUUUGAGGUGAUUGAGCAUCCAACACAUGGCAGCUGCAUCCGUUACUGUCCGCUGGAGCUGGGUCUGGGCGAGCAGCCGCCCAGCUCGGAGAAUCUGGAGAGCUUUGCGCAAAGCCUGGAGGCGCAUGUUGAUAUACUGCGCGCCACGAUCAAGCACAAGGCACGCUUUAUGCAUUUGGUGGAGCGCAGCGAGGUGCUGAGGCUCGUGCCACUGCCCGAAUGGGCGGGCAUGGGCGGUGUACGUUUUGUGCCCGAGGGCUGGGAAUCGCUGCUGACGGAUCAGGCCAAAACGGAACUGAACAAGCUGAACAUCGAUCUGGUGGAAGCGCUCAAGUCAACGGACAAUGCCUUCUCUCUGGGCGAGGGCACCGACGGACUAAUCUGUGUGCGCUUCGGCAUGGUCACGCACGAGACGGAGGUCGAAGAGCUAUUGGAUCUGGUUGUCACCGUUGGCAAGAGUGUGCAGGAGAACUCGCGCGUCCUCGACACCAUGUCGGAAAUUGUUAAGAAGGGCAUUGAGGCAGCCACAGCGGAUCUGCAGCGGGAGUCCGAGGAGAAACUCUGGCAGGAGGGCAUACUGCGCCAUGUACCAGUUGUGGGGCGCGUCUUCAAUUGGUGGUCACCGCCUGCCAAGGAGUCGGGCAUCAAGGGGCGCAGCCUCAAUUUGACCCAGGGCGUGGUCGAGAGUACCGAGAACAUUUACAAAUACCACAUGCAAAUGUCAGGCGAAACGGCACAUCAGCUGCCGGCGAAUCGCUCGCCGCCGACGCCCAUGAUACAGACACCUGUUGUGUCUACGGCCACACCGCCCGUAUUCCCAACCGUGGAGCCUGUGACUGCUGAGGCGCAGGAAUCAGCAUCGCCGAUUGCUGCAGCAGCAGCAGCAGCAACAGCAGCAACAGCAGCAGCAGCAGCUGGUGCUGCCACAUCUCCGCCAAUAUCGGCGACGGCCUCAGCGGCAGCUGCAGCAGCGGCGAUCGGCAACCAUGUGGAAAACCAUGCACGCACUGUUAGCCAAAGCAGUGCCGGAUCCUCAUCGGUGCCCGAGCUGGUGGCUGUCAAUAGUGCAAUAAACAAUAAAUAACUAAAUGACUUUGGUCCAGGCACAGAGCGAAUGCUUAUGAAGAACAACGGCACACUCUAGCAGAGCGACACACAUUUGACACACACAUCCUUUUCCAAACAGCAGACACAAUAAAGCAUAAGCAUUAAACAUAACUUACUAAAAGAACCUUAAAACUCCAAAAGCAAUUCUGUAAUUCCAAAGAACUCUUCUUAGACGAGAGCUGGGACAGCAUUUGAUGUUCCACAUGCUAUAAAGCACUUUUGCUUCUAUGUAUUUUUUACUUAUAUUCAUCUAUUGUAUUAUCAUUUAUUCUUAUAUAUACAUAUAUGUAUUUUUAACCAA